AUGGCCGUGACUUCGCUGGCAAACGCUUCGGCAAAAGCGGCGAAGGGCUGCAAGGGCGCGCCACGUGCAGCGCCGUCCGGUUUUGGCGCGCGGCAGGACCCGGGCAAAGGGAGCUUGCGCGCGCGCAGGGGCCGCUUUGAGAGCUACCUGGCACACAUGGCCCGUGACGGCGCCUGGGGCGACCAUGUGACAUUGCAGGCGGCCGCAGACGUGUUGGGCGUGAGGAUCCACGUGGUGAGCGACUUUCUGGAGGAGGCCUACAUUGAGGUGACCCCAGAACAGCAGAAGAGCAGCAAGGUGCUGAAGCUGUGCUUCUGGGCUGAGGUCCACUACAACUCGCUGGAGGUGCAAACGGAUGAAGAGGACCUCUCCCGGGGCUACGGCUUCGUGCACUUUGCGGAGAAGGAGUACGCGCUGAAGGCCACGCUGCUGCUGAAUGGCCUGCAGAUUGGCAGCAGCUGCGUGCAGGUGCGCCCGGCGGCGCCGGGGGAUCUGGAGCUCUUCACGGGCUGCAUCUACUCUCUUGCCACCGCCGUCCGCGCGGUCUACCAGCCGCCGGCUGACUGGAUGUCUCCCAACUUGGAGGCCUACGGUGCGGGUCCCGGCCCCAGGAAAACGAAGCCGGGCCGGUAG